AUGCCGCAACUUCCUGUCCGUGGAACAAGUGUCUACAAAGUCCCACACAAAAAGGGACCUCCCAUGCUACCAGCCCAGGUUGCAAGCUCGCUGAGCGCCCAAUGGCCCUGUCGUGAGGUCCAGACGCGGCAGUUAGCCAGCCUCUUGAGUCGUCAUACGCCUAGCCCGGCCGCAUUGGUUAUCAAUGGCAUCUCUGCGACCUGCAAAUCAACUAUUCUCCGCGCCGUCCUCUCCACAAUCCAAGUGCCGCAUGCUUUUGUCCGCAGCUCGGAAUGCAUUACAGGCCGACAUCUCCUGACAAAGAUACUAUGGAAUACACUUGAGGCAGUGGGCUUGAAAGAAGAGUGGGAAAAGGCUGGAAAGGGACGUUGCGAUCAUGUCAGUGGUUUGUCUGUGCUUCUUGAGGAGUGCCUGCAACCACAGCCCAAUGCGCAGGGUCGCAAAUUCGUCUUGGUGCUCGAUGAGAUCGAUAGACAGAGGGAGGCAUCGCCCACAUUGUUAUCGGCGCUGGCCAGAUUGGGAGAGAUUAUUCCGUCACUCUGUGUGGUAAUGGUUCUCAGCUCAACCCCCCGUCCGCUUUUCCUUCAAAGCGCAGGAGUGCCACAUAUCAACUUCCCUCCUUACACGCGCAGAGAAGCCAUUGAGAUCAUUCUCAACUCGAAUGCGCCGACCGUUGAGGGCCUAUCAGAUGAAACCAUUACGCAUAUCUACCCAUACUUCGUCUCAACGGUGUACGACUCGCUCGUUGGACCAACAGCAGGCUCAAUCCCGAAUUUCCGCUCCAUAGUUGAGAGACUCUGGCCUCAAUUCAUUGCGCCCGUCUUGAACGGCGAGGCUGCGCCAGGCGAGACAGGCGAAUGGGAUUUCUCGCGCUUGCUUGUCAAAAACAGAUCUAUCUUCCGACACCAGGGCGAGUCAGCCCUUGUACAUCGCAUUGUUCCCGACGAGACGACUUCCAGUAUCACCAAGGCUCCGCUGGCAAAGACAAAGACAGUCAUGCCAUCGGCGCUUCCUUCCCUGCCGUACUUCUCAACCUUGAUUCUCACAUCUGCUUAUUUGGCUUCACACACGCCCCAACGACUGGAUACAAUUUUCUUCUCGAAGUUCUCGUCGUCGUCGCUUUCAGCGCGUAACAAGCGAGCUCACCACCGUCGUCGUUUGAAGGUGCUUUCUCAAGCUCAGGCUGAAGAAAGACAAGCUGCAAAUGACUCUUCAAAACCUAAGAGAGGUAAAGGCAAGCGCACGAAAACUCGCAUUACAAAGUCGACUCUGUCCUCCGCCUUCGCGACUUCUUCGGCUACCACGUCAGCUGUCGGAGGUGGCGCAGGCAUCACGGGUCCUUCGACCAUUCUGACAGCACGCUCAUUCCCACUUGAACGUCUUUUGGCAAUCUACCACGCUAUCGAUCCCAAUCCGCCUGCUACUGCUGUUCGUGUUGCGGCAGUUGCGGAUCGAAUCUAUGCUGAAUUGGCGACGCUGCGUCGUCUACGUCUUGUUGUUCCUGCUGCUAGCCAUAAUGGUAUGGCUAGCAGUAGUGGAAACACCAGUGCAGAUGCCGGAGAUAAAUGGUGUGUCAAUGUCUCUGGUGAUUGGGUCGGGGAAUUGGCCAAGGGCAUUGGAGUCGAAGUUGGUGAAUGGUUGGCAGGUGGUUUGGAUUAA